GGCAAGAGCGAAUUUACUAUAUACGGUAAUAUAAUUUAUUACUUAUUAAUUAAAAAUAAGUCAAUAACGAGAAAUAUACUAACGUUAGAGGUUUAUAAUAUAGUUAAUAGUAUUAACCUCUCCUACGCGAUUUUAAUAAUACUAAGGAAAAUUAUUAAUUAA